AUGACACGAACAGACUACACAGACUACAAAUUCGAAGGCUGGAUGGGCCUCGACUCCUCCUCCGGCGAAGGCAAGAUGGUCUGGCAGGAAUUCGAGCCCAAAGCCUGGGAAGAAACAGACAUCGACAUCAAGAUCUCUCACUGCGGUAUCUGCGGUUCUGAUCUGCACACUCUCCGUAGCGGUUGGCGCCCAACAACCUACCCCUGCUGCGUCGGCCACGAAAUCGUCGGCACAGCCGUCCGCGUCGGCAGCCAGGUAACCGACAUCAAACUCGGCGACCGCGUCGGCGUCGGCGCCCAAAGCGAAUCCUGCCUCGGCCGCGAAGGCGACUGUGAAGAAUGCGCCUCUGGCCAAGAAAACUACUGCAGCAAGCGAGUCAUCGGCACCUACAACAGCGUGCACUACAACGGUGGUCGCGCAUUCGGCGGGUACGCGCGGUACAAGCGUGUUCCAGCACACUUUGCUAUCAAGAUCCCGGAUGCGAUUCCGUCGGCUGAGGCGGCGCCCAUGCUUUGUGGUGGUGCGACGCUGUACAGUCCGUUGAAGCAUAAUGGGUGUGGACCUGGCAAGAGGGUUGGUAUUAUUGGUGUUGGGGGGCUGGGGCACUUUGGUUUGUUGUUUGCUAAGGCUAUGGGGGCGGAUUGGGUUGUGGGGAUUUCGAGGAAGUUGGAGAAGAAGGAGGAUUCCUUGAAGAUGGGGGCGGAUCUUUAUAUUGCUACUGAUGAGGAGAAGGGGUGGGAGACUACUCAUGCGAGGUCUUUGGAUUUGAUUGUUUCGACCGUUUCGUCUACUAAGAUGCCUUUCAAUGACUAUUUGGGGCUUUUGAAGACUGGUGGUUCGUUUGUGCAGGUUGGUCUUCCUGAGGAUGGGGGCUUGUUUGCUCCUGUUCGCAGUUUGAUGCGCAGGUUGAAGCUUGAGAGCUCGCUUGUUGGGAGUCCGAGUGAGAUUCGCGAGAUGUUUGACCUCGUUGCUGAGAAGGGGAUUCAUCCUUGGAUUGAGGAGAUUCCUAUGAAGGAUGCCAAUCAGGCGAUUCUGGAUAUGGAGGAUGGCAAGGCGAGGUACAGAUAUGUGCUUGUCAAUGAAUAA